CGGUUUCUUCUCGCUGAUUGGUUGCUGUCACGCUGCUGCUGAUGUGGUGUUCCGACCAUUGCUAACCUACUGCUAGGAUUCAAACAGAAUUUUCUCCUGAACAGCUGCUUUGUUUUAGACCAAAAAUGCCUUACUAUCAGACAUGGGAGGAGUUCGCCCGGGCGGCGGAAAGACUGUAUCUAACUGAACCCAUGAAGGUCAGAGUGGUUCUUAAAUAUAGACACUGUGAUGGUAACCUCUGCAUUAAAGUGACCGACGACGCCGUGUGCUUACAGUACAAGACAGACCAGGCUCAAGACGUAAAGAAGAUCGAAAAGCUCCAUGGAAAAUUAAUGAGACUCAUGGUGUCCAAAGAGACUCACAGUGGGGCCAUGGAGACGGAUUGAAAACCACUACGAACAGCGUGGAUCUGCUACACAAGAUCACGGACUGAGUUUAGGACAAAGUAAUCGUUUAGGAUACAGGACCGUACAGAAUACAAGUUUAAAUCAGAGAAAUUAUUCUUCAGCAAAUUUGAAAUGUUGUGACACUGAUUCUUCCCUUUCUACUUUUUUAAUACUGUCAGAGAUGUGACAUAACAUACUGUAUAUAUUCUCCCAGAAGUUCUUUUUAUUCCAACAACAUCUUUUGUUAGUAGAAUCGUCAUGCUAAUCAUUGCAGGCAUUUUGAUCACAUCUCUGAUGCUAUGAACACAGUGUCAACACAAGUGUGGAAAGUUGCAAAAGAAAAAGAAAAAGGAAGGGAAUGUAGCAAUGGGAUGAUGUGGGAUAGAAGAACUGUACUAAUCCCCCUGCUGCUGACAUGGCAGCAGAGCAGCUUUGGCACCAUUUUUAGGUGUUACCCUUAAUUGUCUAUUUAUUUUUAAAGCAGAUGAAAAUAUGGCACAAGAAGGCUACAGAAAGUUUGUUUUUUUAAAAUCAUUGUUGCCGGCUUUUUUUU